UGCUCAGCCUAGGGGCAGUUUAAUUGCAGUGCAGACAUUUGGGCUCCUGCGGGAGCCUGGGCUUUGGGACCCUGCUCUGUGUAGCUCAAGAACAAAUAAAGUUGGUCCAAUAAGAGAUAUUACCUCCCCCACCUUGUCUCUGUAAUAUCCUGGGACCAACACGUCUACAACACUGUAACCCUAAUUCCUGCCCAAGAAAGAGGGCAAGCCCAGGGAGGGAGCAACUGGAGAGUGAAUCAACCCUGCUCACACCCCACAAUGCCACUCCAGUGCCCCACAUUCAUCCUGCAGUAGUGGCUCCAGCAGGGCCCUAUGGGGCUGGCUGCGCCCAGUGCCCUGCUCUGGGCGUUGCAUCAUGGCUGGAGGGCUGCAGUGCUACUCAGGUUUGGUCUGCCCAGCCCCCCAGCAUGGUGACAGAAGGUCAGGUUUGAAGGCUUAAUGUAAAUGGGGCUGUGACCUGGUGCUCCAGAUUUCUGCAACACUCACGGAAGUUUGGCCUGCCUGUCACAUCAUGACAGAGGGUCAGGAGGACACUGCCUCAGAAGUGGUGCAACUCUUUGUGACAGGAUACAACACCCACAGCAGGGGGUCGGGCCCAGCUCUCGGAGCCACCACUGUAAAGUGAAUCACAGACACAGAAAACACUGUCCAUUACUUUUUUUACACUGCAGCAAACCUACACCCAUUAUAAUGAUACAAACUUUCAAACCUCCCAGGGCCCUCCCGGUUCCAUGGACCACGGUACAUCUGCCUCACCUGCAACAGCUAUUCCUCUACCAGUGUGUAAACUUUGCCAUGCUGAGUUGAGUUGUUUGUCCUUUCAGAUGUCGGUGACGUUUGAGGAUGUGGCCAUGUAUUUCUCCCCAGCGGAGUGGACGCUGCUGGGCGAGGAGCAAAGGCACCUUUACAGACACAUUAUGUGGGAAAAUUACCAGACUCUGGUCUCGUUAGGAAUCCAAACCCCCAAGCCAGUGGUGAUCUCCAACAUAGAGCGAGGGGAAGAGCUGUGUGUCCAGGGUCCCACAGAAGAUGAAGAUGAGGACGUCCUGAGUGGCACCCGCCCAGGGACCGCCAGGGACGCAGAGGACGAGGAGGAGGAGGACUGGGUGGACGUGGUCACAGAGGAGGCUGCUCUCAAAAAUAUCCGAGAGCAAGUCCAGGGCCAAGAAAAGGAUGAGGUCCAGCAGCUCCUUUUCCUGCAGGCCAUCCACCCCGCGAGUCACGCUGCACAGCAGAGAGGGCAGGACAUGCUGGAGCCGCACUGCUGCAAGGCGGCUGUGGUGGAGAGGAUUGUGGAGCUCAUUGAGGAGCUUCCAGAUGGCUCUCCACCCGGUGCUGUCCUGGCCAACUCCCUGAUUCCUGUGGGCAACCUCAGCACCAUGACACCUGCCCUUGAGCCAGAGCUGGAGACCCACCUCCUUCGAGCUGCCCUGCAUGCAGUCUUCACCCUGGGCACAGAGAAGGCCACCACCCAAGUCCAGGAUCUGCAUAGGGUCUUGCCAGACCUCCUGGAUGCCAUGCUGGGGAACCUGCUGGCAGAGUCCCCAGACACCAACAGGUUCCACUACAUCUUGGAGAACUCAGCCCAAUUCCCCAGGAUGGGUCACCAUGUGGCACAGCUGGCUCUGUUCGUCGGUGACCCAGCCAAGGACAUCAGCCGGCAGGCCAGGGAGACGGUUUAUUGGCUCUACCAGCUGCUGCUGCACCAGAGGGGCCUGACCAUCCAUGAGGCCGAAGACCUGUGGGUCUGGGACUGGCACCAGGACAGCAGGCUGCUGGGCUACAAGAACACCGCCAGGGUGGGGGAGGUCUUCGGAAAGUUCUUCUCGGAGGGGCAGAGAAGAUUCUUUCUGGGGACGGCACUGCUGGCCAUCCACCACCCCCUGCUGUGUGUCAGCUAG